AUGGCGGCGGCGGCCGCGCCGGGCCCCAGCGCGGAGCAAGCCAGCGGCCCUGGCUUGGGAUUACUCGUCCUCUGGGAGGGCGUCUCCCACAGCCUGGACGCCAGGCAGUGGGGCUGGAGCGCCUCCGACGACGCUGCGGCGGCAGGCGGCGGGCAGGCCGUCUUUGGCCUCGGCGGCGUGUCCGCCGCGCUUAGCGGUGGGAAGCUUGUCGACCAGGGCGUCGCCGACUCAGCCGAUGGCCCAAAAGCUGCCACCGACAAUAGCUCGCUCACCCGCUCGCCGACCUCGAGGGCCUCGACCCGCUCGCCGCCCAGGGGGUCACCCUCGAGGCUGUUGACGUCGCUCUUGAAGUCAAGCCGCUCGCCGACCAAGUCCAGCCGCUCGCCGAACAGCAAGCUGAAGUCCCCGAGGCUGAAGUCGCAGUCGCCGUCCAGGCGAAGGGCGCGCUCCAACCGCAAGUUGCGCACACCAGUUCCUGCGGAGGUGAUCGAGCGCAUGGCGAAGUCAGCGCCCGGGAAGGUCACGUCCCCGCUGGAGCGGGGCCUGUACAUUCAGAAGGUGCCUCUUCUGCAGGGGCUCCUUGUCGCCGACUCGGCAAACGAGAAGCAGACCGAUAGGAAGGUCACAUCACUCCUUGUCGCCGACUCGCCGCACGAGAAGCAGGCCGAAAGGAAGGCGGCCGAGUCCUCGCACGCGCAGCACAGAGACAGGAAGGCCGCCUCGCUUCUCCCCGCCGACGUGCUGCACGAGCAGCAGAACGACUGGAAAGUCGCUGACCCGCCCGUCGCCCCGCCGCGCGAGCAGCAGACCGAUGGGAAGUCCACCGGCCAGCCGCACGAGAAGCAGACCGACGGGAGCCGGCAGGCCGCCGCCGUCCCGCAGGCGAAGCAGAGCGCCGAGGAGCCGAGGAGGCCGCGCGCGGCGGCGCCGGCGGCGGCGGAGGGCGGGGAGCUGAGAGUCGUGCGGCAGAGCUCCGCGGCCACGUCGGUGCUCGACGGCGCCGAGCAGGUGGAGUUCUCCGCGGCCGAGGCCGCGAGCGACCUCCCGGAGGUCACCCCGACGAGUACAGCAACCAGCUGCGCCCCCCGCAGGUUACUGUCCAACCUGCCCGAAGGAAGUUUUCUCAGGGCGAGGCGCAUGAAGGCCCUCGCGGCUCGCGAAGACGGGCUCGCGCAGACGGGCAUGGCGGAGUCCACGGUGCAGCCCGGCGACCUCGCUCCCGAGGUGGUGGUGAAGUCGGCCUCCUCGCCCUCGUCGUCACCCACAAGAGGACCGUCGAGUCAGAGACCUGCCAAGCCGCUUCACAGGCCACCCGACCCGCCGCGCGGCCGCGACCUCGGGCACGAGGGCUGCAGCCAGCGGUCCUACACCAGCGACCCGCCGAGCGACCCGAGGCUUCAG